AUGGGGGCGGCCGCAUCGGCAGAGCUGGUAGAUGCGAUCGGCGCCGCGCCGGGAGGAAUGGCCGCUACGCAUGCUUCGAGGAAGGGCGGAAAUGCGCGGGCUUCCGCGAAGGUGCAGCCGGUGUGCGACGAGGGGGAGGACGAUGCGAUCGAGCGGAAAGCGCGGCAGCUGGAGCAGCUCAAAGACCGCGUGAACGCAGCCAUCGCGUCGGGUAGUCGUGUCAAGCAGCUAUUGGAGGACGAGGUGCGGCGCGAUCUGGGGCUGUCGGCGAUUCGUCUGCGGUUCACCGCGAACGGCGCGCUGGAGCAUUGUAGCUUGUUCUCGGAGCCCGGCGGCCGGCACGGCUGCAACCAGGACUCCAUGAUCGCGUGGGAGGAUUUUAACGUCCCGGAAAUCGCGGGUCGCGUGAAAGGCCGCAUGCCUCCUGGCGCCGCAUCUGACGUCAUCUUCUGUGCCGUAUUCGACGGUCAUGGGCCCAACGGCCACCUCGUUUCGCAGCGCGUGCGCGACUCGCUCCCGAGCCGCAUCGCGUCGCUUCUCGCGCCGCCGCCGGUAGCAACCGUGUCGCCAUACGGCCACCUCGACAAGAGCGCGCCGCUGAUGGCGCCUGCAAGCGACCAGCUCUUACAGCGGCUCGGAGUUAAUGGAGGCAGCAGCAAGAGCAAAGGCUCUUCGGGCAAAGUCCACCCUCUGGGAGUGGCUCCGGGGUACGGCGGUGGUGGCGACGGAGGGAGCGGAGGGUUCGGGAUGACAUUGCAGCGAUCGCGAUCUGCCAAUUCGCUGGAAAAUUCCGCGCCUCGGGGGUCCGUUUCACCGUAUCACUCAACCCCGUCGUCAGCAUCCUCUGCGGCGGCAGCGGCGGCGGCGGCGGUGGCCGAGGCGUCGAGGGAGGCGUCGAAGGCGCAGGUGGAGCGCGCGUUUCGGCGCGCGUUUCUGGAGAUGGACGACGAGCUGCGCAGCCACCCGCACGUGGACGGCCACGUCAGCGGCAGCACGGCUGUCGUCGCUGCCCUGCUGGAAGCCAUGUCAGCAGUACUUUCCGCCCCAACCCGUCAGACCGCCGCUCGGCAUCUCAUCGCUCAGGCUCGCAGCCUCUGGGCAGCAAGGCACCAAUCGGUCAGGCCUGACGAUUGCACAGCAGUCGUCCUUUUCCUCCCAGAGUUCGCCCCUUCAGGCCUCCUCUCGAGCUCUACCUUGCCGCACUCCGGCCCCCUCUCUUCCACCCCUUUCUCUGGCCCUCUCUCCUCUACGCCUUAUUCUGGUCCCUUGUCUUCCAUCCCUCAUUCUGCUCCGCUCUCUAGCUUCCAUUCCUCUGGCCCCCAAGGCAACGAGGAAGGGAACGAGGAGGCUUUUGAUGAUACGGCGAGCAUAGCGAGUAUAGGCACCGUGUGCACGGACGCAUCGUUUGGUACGGUGAUCUACUCAGAAGCAGAUUACAAGCCGAGCCGAAUGGGCUCAGCAGAAGGGGUGAGCAAUCCUCCUGUGGUGCUCACCCCUCCUAUGUGUGAGGACGGGUUUUACCGCGAUGAUACCAUCCGGGUGCCUGUGGAGAGGCAGGUGGAGAGGGGGACAGAGGGCGGGGAGAAGGAGAACAUGGGGAGUGGAGAUGGUGUGAGAUCUGUGCUGGGAAACACAGGCCACGGCAUGAGCAGCCAGGAUAGCAGCAGCGGUGGUGCCAGUGGCGGCGUUGGUCUCAGCAACAGUGACAGCAAGGCAGUGAACCAAGGUGGCAAUGGGGAGGGCAGGCGAAGUGUUCUCGGGCUGUUUUACAAUGGUGAAGUUGCUGCCGCUGUUUCUGCCUCUGCAUCUUCCUCUGCGUAUGCUUCUCUUAACAGCUCCAAGGUGGUGCCCUUGCCACUUGAAGUCCACGCCAAGCAUGCCCUCGAAAAUCCUGGGAAACCACCUGGGAAAGCACCUGGGAAUCCACCUGUGACCAUCUCCAUCUGCUCUGCUGAUGGUCAGCUCCUGACACCUGAUGCUCGAGUCAUGGCACCUCCAAUGCGCUCUCGGAGUCUUACUGCGUUGUCUGAUUGCAUGGGUGGUGGCAUGGUUGGCACCGGAACCGCAUGUAUGGGUGCUGCCUCAAGGGAAGAUCUGGGAAGCGAGACAAGCAGCAGCUGCACCGGCGGGAACAGCUAUGGCUGCACGAGCACGAGGGUGGUGGAUCGCUACGUGAGCCUGGAGAGCGGGGCUGCUGUAGAGGCAGGGGACGGAGCAGAGGGUGGGGUGGAGAGUAAUCGGGGCAGCAAGUGGGGAGGCAUGUGGGAGAGCAAGUGGGAGAGCAGCAGUGCAGGGUGUGGUGCUGCUAUGCGGUAUGCAGUGGCACAGCUAAGUUUGGACAUGGUGUGGCACAAGUGCUGGCGCACAGAGCCAUGA